CCCCCCCCCCGCUUUGUUUUUGUAUUUUGCAUCACUGCUUCAGCGGGAGAGCGAGCCGUGCUGCUUGUUGCUGGCCCCUGCAGUGGAGACAGCGCAUCCUCGCACGGAGGCAGCAGUUGCAACGUCGGCUUUUUGGCGGAGGACUCCCUCCAUGGAUCUGUUCGCUGGAGAGAUGAUCUAGACGCAGGAAUCUCUCCUCUUCAGAUCUCCCACCUGCGCCUCCUCUUCCCCUCCCCCACCUCUUCCCCGCUGCCCUUGAUUUGAAUCACUCCGUAGAUCUUGUUUGUUUUUAUACAUUUUUUUCUCCUCCCAUGUGCCAUCCCAAGGGCAAGCAGCACUGCCGUCCCAGCAGCCUCAGCAAUCCCACCCAUUUGGUUCAUUCGAGCAGGAAAAAGGAUGAUGCCUCCGGCACUCCAGUCUCCGAUUUGAGUCGAGAGCUUCCAAUAAAUACAUUUAACUCGAGGCUUCGGGGGCUGCUGCUGCUGCUGCUGUAUGCCAUCCCUUCCCCAUUGCAGCAAUGUCGUGUUCGCCUUGAGAAGGAAGAGCUUGGGAAGAGGGGCGUCUGGGAGGCUUGCUUGUUUGUGGUUCUCCAAGCCAAUUUGUAGGGCCACCAUCCUUAAAUAGGAGGGAUCAAACAAUGACCCAUCCGGCUUUCCAACGCCUCCAGCGCUGCUGCUGUGGCUGCCCUCUGCACCACCUCUCUAGAUGACCAACAAAUAAGCAGUUGCCCGCGGGGCAAAAUUAAGAAUGACGGUACUGAGUUGUUUGGCUCCGCUUCCAGGAGAGCGUUAUCAGCGACUGAAAUAUGCAGCCUCUUUAGGACCUUUCUGACCGCAUGUCCUUUUUGCGGCGGCAGGAUCGCCGUGACCUCACACUGAGAGGAAUUAUCGUGGUGGCUUUUUUCCUGAUGAUGCAUUUCGCCUGGAAGGUGGUCUUUGCUUAAGGUGCUGGAGAAAACAAAAACCCAGCUGCCUCCAUCACAUUUGCUUUUCUAUGCAUGGAAGUCUUGUUUCAACAAAUGGCCAAAGCACUGGGGACUUGUGAAAAUGACAGAGUGGGAAUCCUCACCAGAGGGGCAGCCUUCCAUAGGGCCUCAGUAAAAAAAUCUUCCCGUAUGGAAAGCAGGUGGAGAAGUGAUGAAGACUACGGGUCACCGAGCAGCAGGAACCACGGGGUGAGUGGCUGCAGGAUGAUGAGCUUCAGGUCCAAGUCUGCCUGGCAGGAUCAUGGGGUUGACAAGAGCCAGCACUCUCGCAGUGCAGGAGAUCCAUCACUUGCCAUGAGUCCUAGGCGCUAUGGUGUGGAGCAGGGUGAGGUGCAUCCACGCUGUGUGGAACUGGGGCUAGAGGAGAAGCGGAUUAAAGCCAAGAUCGAUGAGUUGGAGGAGGAGGAAGAACUGGAUGGCGAAGGGCGGUCUGAGAUGGUCUUCUCCAUGGGCAGCUGCUGUGGUAGCUUGCUGCAGAUCUUCAGGUCGAAAAAGUUUCAGUCGGAGAAACUGGAGCACCUCUACCAGCGCUACUUUUUCCGUCUUAAUCAGAGCAGCCUGACCAUGCUGAUGGCAGUGUUGGUUUUAGUAUGCCUGGUCAUGCUGCUCUUCCACACCGUUCACGGCUACUAUCAGGUGCCCUAUGUGGUGGUGCUGUCCUUGGCCAUCCUGCUUAUGGUGGCUCUGGGUGCCAUCUGCAAUCGUAAUGAUUUCCACCAGGACCACAUGUGGCUCAUGUGCUACUCUGUCAUUCUGGUGGUGUUGGCUGUGCAAGUGGUUGGCUGCUUGCUGAUGCAGCCCCGAAGUGCCUCGGAGGGCAUCUGGUGGACUAUCUUUUUCAUCUACAGCAUCUACACCUUGCUGCCAGUCAGGAUGAGGGCCGCGGUCAUCAGUGGUGUGGUGCUGUCUGCCAUCCAUCUGGCCAUUUCUCUCAAAGUCAAUGCAGAAGACAAAUUCUUAUUGAAACAGCUGGUGUCCAACAUCCUCAUCUUCAUCUGCACGAACAUUGUAGGUGUGUGUACACACUAUCCAGCUGAGGUGUCCCAGAGACAGGCAUUUCAAGAGACCAGGGAAUGCAUUCAAGCUCGUCUACAUUCUCAGAGAGAAAACCAGCAACAGGAGCGCCUCCUGCUCUCCGUACUUCCUCGCCAUGUUGCCAUGGAGAUGAAAGCUGACAUUAAUGCCAAAAAAGAAGAUAUGAUGUUUCAUAAAAUUUACAUCCAGAAGCAUGACAAUGUCAGCAUUCUCUUUGCCGACAUUGAGGGGUUUACCAGCCUGGCCUCCCAGUGUACUGCCCAGGAGCUGGUGAUGACGCUGAACGAACUCUUUGCCAGAUUUGAUAAACUUGCAGCUGAGAAUCACUGUUUACGUAUAAAAAUCCUAGGCGAUUGCUAUUACUGUGUGUCUGGGUUACCCGAGGCAAGAGCAGACCAUGCACACUGCUGCGUUGAAAUGGGAAUGGAUAUGAUAGAGGCUAUCUCAUUAGUGCGGGAGGUGACAGGUGUCAACGUGAACAUGCGAGUUGGGAUCCACAGCGGGAGAGUUCAUUGUGGAGUCUUGGGCCUCAGGAAAUGGCAAUUUGAUGUGUGGUCAAAUGAUGUCACAUUAGCUAAUCACAUGGAAGCAGGCGGCAAAGCGGGGCGAAUCCACAUAACAAAAGCUACACUGAACUACCUGAAUGGUGACUAUGAAGUGGAGCUUGGUUUUGGAGGAGAACGUAAUGCUUACCUCAAAGAGCAUAGUAUUGAGACCUUCCUCAUUGUACAAUGCAGCCAAAAAAGGAAAGAUGAGAAAGCAACAAUAGCCAAGAUGAAUCGUCAGCGCGCUAAUUCCAUUGGCCACAACCCACCACACUGGGGAGUAGAUCGCUCCUUUUACAACCAUCUUGGCAGCAACCAAGUUUCCAAGGAGAUGAAAAGAAUGGGUUUUGAAGAUCCAAAAGACAAGAAUAUCCAGGAAAGCAUGAAUCCGGAAGAUGAAGUGGAUGAGUUUCUAGGCCGCGCCAUUGAUGCAAGGAGUAUUGACCGCUUACGUUCUGAACACGUUCGCAAGUUUCUCUUAACAUUCAGGGAACUUGACUUGGAGAAGAAGUACUCCAAACAGGUGGAUGAUCGAUUUGGUGCAUAUGUGGCUUGUGCCUCCAUAGUCUUCCUCUUCAUUUGCUUUGUUCAAAUCACAAUUGUUCCACACUCUGUGUUUAUGCUGGCAUUCUACCUGACCUGUUUUGUGAUCCUCACCACAGUAAUAUUUGUUUCAGUCAUCUACUCCUGCGUAAAGCUUUUUCCAGCUCCACUCCAGACUCUCUCAAGGAAGAUUGUUCAGUCCAGGACCAACAACACCAUAGUUGGGGUCUUCACCAUUGUAUUGGUUUUCCUCUCAGCCUUUGCCAACAUGUUCACUUGCAGCACUGUGGAUCUCCGUGAUUGUGUGGCUGCAGAGUAUAACAUCACCCCACAUGAGGUGAACAUGUGCCAUAUUAGCUACUCUGCCUCCAAUUACAGCCUGGGGACAGUACACGGAUUAUGUGCUAGCCCCCAGCCAAGCUGCAACUUCCCAGAGUAUUUUACCUACAGUGUCUUACUGAGCCUCCUGGCCUGCUCUGUGUUCCUUCAAAUCAGUUGCAUUGGGAAACUCAUUUUGAUGUUGAUUAUUGAAUUUACAUAUGUCCUUAUUGUGGAAGUGCCAGGGCUUACCCUCUUCGAUAAUGCAGAUCUUCUGGUCACAGCCAAUGCCAUAGUGUUUUCCAAUGGGACUGAGAAUGGAACAUGUCCUCCAAGUGUUUCCAGGGUGGCCUUGAAGAUUGUGACUCCCGUAGUUAUCACUGUUUUUGUCUUGGCGGUGUAUCUUCAUGCGCAGCAAGUGGAAUCCACAGCAAGACUUGAUUUCCUCUGGAAGCUUCAGGCUACUGAAGAAAAGGAGGAAAUGGAGGAAUUGCAGGCCUACAACAGACGCCUUCUCCAUAACAUCUUGCCAAAGGAUGUGGCAGCCCACUUCCUUGCACAGGAACGGAGGAAUGAUGAGCUGUAUUACCAGUCAUGCGAGUGUGUGGCUGUCAUGUUUGCUUCCAUCAGCAACUUCUCAGAAUUCUAUGUAGAGUUAGAGGCCAACAAUGAAGGAGUGGAAUGCUUGAGGCUUCUCAAUGAAAUCAUUGCUGACUUUGAUGAGAUAAUAAGCGAAGACCAGUUCCGACAGCUAGAAAAGAUCAAAACUAUAGGCAGCACAUAUAUGGCUGCUUCAGGCCUCAAUGAUUCCACCUAUGACAAAGUGGGCAAGUCACACAUCAAGGCCCUGGCUGACUUUGCAAUGAGGUUAAUGGAUCAAAUGAAAUACAUCAAUGAGCAUUCGUUCAACAACUUCCAGAUGAAAAUAGGGCUCAAUAUUGGCCCAGUAGUAGCUGGGGUCAUAGGCGCACGUAAGCCCCAGUAUGAUAUUUGGGGGAAUACUGUGAAUGUAGCCAGCCGAAUGGACAGCACAGGAGUGCCUGACAGGAUUCAGGUGACCACAGACAUGUACCAAGUUUUAACAGUCAACAACUAUCAACUAGAAUGCCGAGGGGUUGUUAAGGUCAAAGGUAAAGGAGAAAUGACCACCUACUUCCUAAAUGAAGGCCCCCCACUGGCAAGUUAACAACAGUGGGCAAGAAUGACUCAAGAAUGGCUCAGUUGGAUUUAAAUACAACAAGGAGUUAGCAAAAAAAAAUAUGCUGCUGCUUAGCAGUGAAUCUAAUACCAAGGCACAGUUGAGUAUUUCAUAUGAUGCCUUCCUAGCUGGAGUGUGUGCAAGAAGUGGGGGAGGGGGGCACAGUUUGGGCUAUGUGGUGCACCAUUCAGAAGUUACCUAGCACUGCUGUGGAUUUUUUCUAGGUUGAGUGUAAAUGAAUUGACCAAAGAUUUUUUGCUGAAUGGAAUUCGAAAUGAAGACGUGGAUUUUGAGAUCUUCAGUGAGGCUGCUACACAGGACUUAAGAUAUUUAAGUAUUUAUUUGAAGCAACACAAUGUUUUUUACUUGGUUGAAGGAAAGUUUGAUUCAUUGCGACAAAAGGACAAAGAGGAACAGCAUUACUCUGGAAAGGCUGUGCAGUCCCAUAGUAUUUCUGGUCUAUGCUGUUAACUCCUUGAAGUGUGCCACUGUUCUCUUAUUAGCUCUUUGAAUGGACUUUUGAAAUUAAAACCACCACCCACUAUUGCUCUACAAAAAGGGCCUUUUUUAAUGACAUCACCCGUAAUGUUUUUUUAAUGGAAAAGAUGCCUUGUUAUGUACUCUUGCCAUCCCUACCCUUACAUAGAUAGGUUCCUUCUUUUUACCAGAACUGAUAUACUGAAAGUUAAAGGAGAGAAAUAGUUCUUAAGGUGAGGGGAAAAUGAUGCUUCAAGCAUAUUUAUUAAAUGAGGCCUUCUCACUUCUGUUCAGCAUAUAUUGGUUUACACAUGAAAGACUAGCUGCCAGUAUGAAACACAUGGAGAAACACAGGGAGAUUUCUCUGAAAUGUGUAGGUUUGGUUUUGAGGUGGUUUUUUGUAUUUUUUAAUAUGGAAGAUUAUGAGAUCUAAGAAAUACACCAAAAUUCUAUAUUUUGAACGUUCUGUGUAUUAAACAGUUGCCCCAAUGGAGCAACAGCAAUCCAUGUGUAGCUCUGUUGUAGUGAGGUUCACAAAACAGCUGUUUGAAGGGGACGCCUAUCCAGAACUGAGCACCCAGCAAAGCAUCUGUCAGCUGUUAGGCAGGGCAAGAGCAGGGGCACCUUGACACAAUCCUGAAUCCCUUAUCAGGCAAUCAGCACUUGACAAAGAAGCUGAUAGUCACUGUUAGGAAGAAGGGAAGGAGCACCCAGGCUGAGUUCAAGCACUCUCUAUUGCCCUUCCGUUUCCCUGUCUGAAAGUUGAUCAGGGCUAUGAGAUGUUUCUGCCCUGCAGCCCUGAUUGUCUCCAUGAGUCCAGCAAUGGGUGUGAAGUCUUCUGCUGAGCUCACAGUUCUUUGGAUCGGACGCCAG